CACUGGCCCACUGGGCGCCACCAUCAUGGAAAAGGCGCUGGACAAGUGGUAUGGAAAACUGAAACAUGAGGCGAUCAAGAUCAAGCGACAAGCCAAGGCUGUUGCGGAGCUUGAAACUCCUUUUGAACGCAAUUUGCGUGAGGCGACCUCCAACAAGCGCUGGGGGUGCCCGAACAGUGUGCUCCAUGAGAUUGCUCUGGAUGCGCAGACCUACAAGUAUCGACAGAAGAUCAUGACGCGUGCCUUGGAAAACCUCAACGGGAAUCAAGAGAAGUGGCGCAGAAUUCUCAAGACGCUCAUCAUGUUGGAAUACUUGAUCAAAAACGGUGGAGACAACAUCGCAGAUGAACUGCGUGGUGAACAGCUGCUGUUCCGACGGCUGUCCAAUUUCCAAUUCCGGGAAGACGGCCAAGACAGAGGCAGCGGCGUGAGAGAAAAGGCGGACACUCUCGUCAAGUUGCUGAAUGACAAGGAGUUCCUGAAAGCCGAGCGGGAGCAGGCGAAAAUGCACCACAGCAAGCUGACCAACCAGGGUCCAACAGCCAUUGGAGGUGGCCGUAAGAGUCCCACCAAAGAAGCCUCGACCUCCGCAAAUGUCAUCAGCAGCGCGAUCAAUGAAGCACUCAAUGAGUUCCGGCCCGGCGUGGGCGUGGGCGAUUCGAAGAGCCUCUCGAGUUCACAGGCGGCGGAGCUGGAACGGCGCUUCAACAGGCUGAAGGGGGAACAAAUGGCUGAGCGGGCUGCCAAGGAAAACGUCAACCGACUGGAGGAAAGGGGUCGGAGCUCUCGCUCUCCCAGACCCACCUCGCCGGAGGACGUGCCCAAAGAAGACAAGUAUGGCCUGUUUGAUCCCAGCUUUGCACUGCGAGACAUGCGGGACGACUCCGAUUCCGACCGGAGCCAAGGCGCUCCACGGGGCCGCGGCUCCAGUAGCAAGGGCAUGGAGGCUGCACCGGCAAACAUCGACUUGCUUGACAUGGAUGAUGAACCUGCCAGGGCGGGCCCCUCGCCUGCGGCUGGGUCCUCGUCGGCGGAUGACUGGGCGGAGUUCUGCACGCCAGCCUCUUCUUCCACCCCUUCGGCGCCACGUUUUCAAGCCCCACCACCAGCCACCUCAGCUACCUCAGCAAGUCCCAAUAAUCUGAUGGACUUCGUUGAUGGACCUUCGCCAAGUCCUCCGCAACCCAGCUCGGACUUUGGCGCCAACUUCACCUCCUUCGACAGCCCGGGCAAUUUCUUUGAGGCGGAGUUCCAGUCGGCGCCCAGUACAGCAGGAAGCGGCCCCUGGAACAUGGGAGGCGGAGGCCCAGGCGUAAGCCCAGACAGAAAUCACCUGUCUGGUUACUCGCAGCCACAGCCGCAGCAACCCAUGUAUUCCACCAGCACAGAAGGUCCCACCUUCUCAGGCACCUUCCUGGAUGGCAUGGGUGCAGGGGCGGCCGACAUGUGCAACCUGCAGAUCUCUGACAAUGUCAAGGCUCCCGCAGGGAAAACCCAAAGUCCUGGACGAGCACUUCAAGAACUUGAUGCCUUCCAAUUGGGUACUUAGAUAUCGCAAUUACAAAUUCAAAAAACAAUAUAAAUUAUUUCCAU